GGCCCGUUUCGAGGCGCAUCGAUAGGGCUCCGCACUCGGAUUCGGUGGCUUGAUGUCACCCAUCGGAAAAUAUGAUGGCAAUCGUCGGGGGCGCGCUCUGGACCCAUCUUCCCUCGCUCCCUCCGGGCGUAUGCAUGUCUCAAAGGCACACGCAGGCCUGCUCCUGCUACCACGUAGGACGAUGGACUUGCCUCCUCGAGGUCCCAUUGGCUUUGGAAAUCGUCGGGAACCCUGUCGGGAGGGCAGCGCAGAACGACGCGCGUAGACCGGCGAGGGGGAAAACGGGGGUGGGGUGAGGGUGAGGGUGAGGACCGAGUUUCUGCGCGGUCGUAAGGUGUCGACGUGGCAGACGGACCGGCGUCGUCCCGCUUCGUGGGUUGAGAAGAGGAGGGCGGUUAUGCUCCGGAGGCGAUGUGGAGGGAAUUGCAUUACAACCUGUGUAGCUAAGCUGGUGCGGUGAGCGGGCAGCUCGCCGAGAGGUAUCUGGAGCUGCGUACGUUGCCCGGAAGAUACCUAUUAUCUACCUAGGUACCUAUAGAAUUACCUAUGUGUAGUGGGACGCUGGAGGGGGGGUAUCCAUGUGCCUACCUCCUAACCUGCCUCCUAACGUACGGACCUCGUCGCACCACGUACCUAGCAACUGCUUUGAGCACCUCCCGGGCGGGCAUGUAUCAGCGAUGUACUGGAAUAUGCCGGGGUUUGACGUUGACGUUGAGUCGCAAUUGC